AUGUCAAGCGAUUUCCAAACAAGUGUUGCAACAUCAGCAGAUAUUAGGACAAAAGUCUUACGAAGCAUCUCUUCUACACUUGAAUCGAUGGGAAAAGACAUAAACAUGUUCCAUUUAAUAGAACAUGAUGUUUCUUUUGAUCAGAAUGAAACUGAAUCUAGGGAAAUAAAUGAUGAAUUUGCAGUUUUGAUACCAGAAGAAGAUCUUAUGGCUUCGAUGAGUCUUAAUCCUGAACAACAACAUGCAUAUGAAUCAAUUUUACAGAAAGUCCUUCUAAAUGAAUCUGCUGCAUUCUUCAUUGAUGGUCCUGGUGGAACAGGGAAAACAUUCUUAUAUAAAGCACUUCUCGCUACAGUGAGAUCAAGAAACUUAAUUGCUCUUGCAACUGCAUCGUCUGGUGUUGCUGCAUCUAUUUUACCUGGGGGUCGAACAGCACAUUCACGCUUCAAAAUUCCAUUAGAUCUCGACAAAAAUAGUACUUGUUGUGUAAGCAAACAAGGUGCUCUUGCCAGAUUGUUACGUCUUGCAAAGUUAAUCAUAUGGGAUGAAGCACCUAUGUCUAGAAAAGAAUGUAUGCAAGCAUUGGAUAAAAUGUUACGAGACAUAACUGAUUCAAGAUUACCAUUUGGUGGAAAAAUUAUCGUAUUCGGUGGAGAUUUUCGUCAAGUCUUACCAGUGAUUCGUAAAGGCACAAGACAAGAAGAAGUUAAUGCCAGUUUAGCAUCGUCAUAUUUGUGGUCCACUUUAACUAAGAUUAGUUUGAGUGAAAAUAUGCGAGCAAGAUUCGAUCCAAACUUCUCAAAUUAUCUACUUCAGGUCGGAAAUGGAACAACACCAAUCACAAUUGAGAAUAAGAUCAAAAUUCCCAGUGAAAUGCUCAUUCCUUACAAAAACGAUGUGGAGUCUUUAGAUGAUCUGAUCGAUGCAGUCUUCCAGGAUAUUGGCAGUUAUUCAGAAAAUUUAUCCGAAAUGACAAAUCGAGCUAUAUUGACACCAAAGAACAACUCCGUCGAUGAGAUAAAUACAAUACUUAUUCAAAGAUUUCCUGGUACAGUUACACAAUACUAUAGCUUCGAUGAAACAAUUGAUACAUCAGAACAAGGCAUCAUGGAGGAUUUCUUAAACACAUUAACACCAAAUGGACUUCCACCCCAUGAAUUAUUACUAAAAAAAAAUUGUCCUAUCAUGUUACUCAGAAAUGUCAAUCCUUCAGAAGGUUUAUGCAAUGGAACACGUCUUAUUUGUCGCAACUUUGAACGAAAUAUCAUUGAUGCUGAAAUUGCAGUUGGUCACCACACCGGAAAAAGAGUUUUCAUACCAAGGAUUCCUUUCUUGCCAAAUGCAGACGAUAAUAGUGCACUGUCAAGAGCCAAAACUUCUGCUUCAGUAAAAGUUCUUAUAAGACCAGUAUCAACUCAUGAUUGUGAAGAAGCUGAAACAAAUAAUAUUGUUUAUAGAGAAUUACUAACACUAGCAUAUCCAUCAUAA